AUGGGGUCGGUUUCGUCGUUACCUGCAGCCACCUCAGAAUCUUCCGAAGCACGCAAGAAACGACAUCGUCUGAGCACUGCGUCAAAAGCGUCUACCAAUGAGGAUCCCGACACUACUUUGACCUCGUUCAGAUUAGGACGAGGACGAGCAAAGGCGCAAAUAACUGAUGAAGAUGAUGACGGCAAUGAUAGUGAUCCUGAGGACUCUGAGACGCCAUGGACGUGUACGCUCAAAGCCCGGCACCUGGGUGUGGCAGGUUUACCACGUUCCUCGCCCUCACCCUCUACAUCCACACCCAUUAAAGUCAAAAUAGCAACCCUCUCACCUAUGCCACAUCACCCCAAAGUCGUCGCGAUGCUGAAAGUCCCCUAUCCUCUCCCUGAUCUUGAAGUUCAGACAAUGUCUAUCCGGAAACGGCCUAUUGGACUACCUGGUGCUCCCCUCAACCAGAGAUCGGACCCGGGCUCGCCAGCAAUGGGGCUUGUGUUCAGGGCGGAGGAGAUUAAGGAUGUGGUAUGCAGUACUGGGAUAUGGGUUGUCGUGCGGGAAGGGUUUGGUGGAGUUGGCAAAGUUUCUAGGAAGGGUGACGGAUGGAGAAUUCGGGCUUGA